AUGCCUGUUUUCCUUCGCAGUUAUGAUAACGAAAAACAAUCCGACCACUACUCGGCAGACAUCAAGAUUUGGGAAGCCUGUCGGGCUACAUCUGCUGCCACAACCUUUUUCGAUCGAUUCGAAAGAACUUCUCAGGGUGUCCGACAAACAUUCGUCGACGGAGCCUUUGCGUACAACAAUCCGGUAUCGCGCGUUUAUCAGGAAGCGAUUGACUUAUGGGGCGAUAAAGAAUCCCUGUUGAUUAGCAUUGGAACAGGAGAUAAGCCGGAUUCUUCUAUGACUGGAGGCCUGAAGAGUCUGCUUGCCGGGAUAGUCGAUAUCGUUCUCGCCACGGAUAAGGAAGACAGGGAAUUUAAAGAAGAACAUCUGGAUCUAAUCGACGCCGGGUUAUUCUAUCGUUUCAAUGUUCCGGGGAUAGCAAGAAUUGGGAUUGAGGAAUAUAAAAAGCUUGAUGAGAUAUCCGCGGUCACUAAAAGCCACUUGAGCCGACCGGAUACGAACAGAAGCAUGAAGUUUUGUGUAUCGAAAGCUGUGGAAGGGGUAGAACCGGAGCCACAAGAAGGUAAUUGA